AUGCCAGCUCCAUCCUCCAAGCCGGAAGGCCGAAUCGGAGACGCAACACUCUCGCCUAGGACAGACUCACGCUUCAAUCCCAAGCUGGUGAAAGCCUUAGCGACACAAGGAUGGGACAACAACCUUCCAAUUGGCAUCGCCGACGAGAACUCGCCAUUUGACCAACUGACAAGGGAAAUGCGAAGCCAGCACUAUGGCUUUUCAGAAGGCUUCGCUGCGUUACCAAACGACCUACCACAGGACGCGAAUGAGCCUCCAGUAGACCGGAAAACCUUGGUUGCGAAAGGCGUCGAUGGGAACGAUGUCAGAUUGUAUGUGUUUCGGAAGUCUGGGACGCAGGGUCAGGUCCUGCCGUGUGUUGUUUAUAUACAUGGCGGAGGCAUGACAACUCUCGAUACUUUGCGACCUGGCAAUAUUCGCUGGCUUACCGAUUUGGCCCAGCGUGGCGUUGUAUCCAUCGCCAUAGAUUUCAGGAAUGCCUGGUCAGAACAUGAGUACAAUCCCUUCCCGGCUGGUUUGAAUGAUUGCGCAGAAGGCGUCAAAUACAUUGCAUCGCACAAAGAUGAGCUCGGUGUAAGCAGUAUCAUCUUGGAGGGCGAAAGUGGUGGCGCAAAUCUGUGCCUCGCAACCGCGCUGAAAGCAAACCAGGAAGGCUGGGUUAAAGACAUAAGUGGUGUUUAUGCCUACUCACCAAAUGUCUGCAAUGUCUAUGGCUGGUCUGCAGAACGAAUUGCAAGCGAAUUUCCGAGUCGGCUUGCAAACGACGGAUAUAUGCUCGAUACCACCGGUGCUGGCGCUAUGCAAAGCUAUUACGCACCCAAUGUCCAGGACCGGACCAAUCCGUUAGCAUUUCCAUAUUAUGCGACUAUUGAGAUGUGUGAAGGGUUGCCGCCACAUAUCAUUAAGGUAGAUGAGCUAGAUCCGCUGAGGGAUGAGGGCAUUGCUUAUUAUCGAAAGCUCUGUACGGCAGGAGUGGACGCAAUCGCGAGCGUGAAUCUAGGUGUGACGCAUGGAAGUAUGGUCUUGUUUAGACGGGCACUUUCUGAGCUUCAUAGUGCUGGUAUGCGUGAAAUAGUUGGCUUUGCGAAAAGUCUGUAG